AUGCAUUCUGAAUGCCGGAAUGCCCAACACAACCUUGUUCUGGUUCGGCUUGGUGACACAAGUCAGGUCGGGACAUGGCUGGACGAAGAUGAGACAGUAAAACUAUCGAAGAAGCUGAUACUCGUGCCAAAAACAAAAAAGCCAAAAAAAAUUCUCCCUCUCCAAAACAAUCUCCCCCUUCUCCCUCCAAACCCAUCUCAAGCAUAUACGUCUCCUGCCUCUCUCCCAAGGGUUGACGUCUAUAGAAGAUGGGAGAUCAAACUUUUCUACUCCCUAGAUCAUCAGGCAGUCCGCCUGGCAAUUUUUUCAUGCUGA